UGCUAAGGCUCCGUAUGUCACCAGAUGUCCUUCUGCCUGACUGAKAUGUUUUUGUGGUCUUUGAAGACCAACUUGCAUAUUAGAGAUGAAGACAUUGGGAUCCACCAGUACUGUGACAAGAAAGAAUCAGCAUCACAGRUGAAGCACAGUUACUUAGAAGAGAAGCAAAAGCCAGCAGAACCUCGAGAUUAUCCUUGGAUCCUGAAAAGCAAGMGAGUGGACAAACUGCGAGAUGCACUCAAGGAGGUAGAGGACUUAAUGCAGAACAGUCCUUGUGUGCUGAGCAAAUGGARGAACAAACAUAUCUGCCAGCUCCUUUUUCACUCAGGUAUCUUGGUGUCCCUAAGCCUUUCUGGGCCGCAGCUGGAGAAGGUGCUGAUUGACAGGACCCUGGUGGGGAAGCUCAUCUCCGACACCAUCAGUGAUGCUGUUCUUACAGACAGUUUCAUCAUCUUGUCAUUUGAGGACCACAACCAACUCUGCWUUAUUCAGUUUACAAAGACAAUGGAUUCUCUUGAUGUAAACAAAAGACUGGAAAAACUCUCUAGUUUGGACUUUAAGAUUUCUUAUGUUGAUAUACUUGGACCAGAAGGUAGAAGGAUGAAGCGUCACCUGGCAAUAAACAGUGUGCAAGAUAUGGUGAUUUGCUGGUGGUCAGCAACCAGUGAUGGAGCAUGGCCUUGGUCUCCUAUUUCCUGUGAGAGGGACAGAGCCAACCUUUUGCUGUUAGGCUGUGCACAUGGCAAGUUGGAGGUGCUGAGUUACAUCCGCACGGAGUGGGAUCUCCUGGAUGCCCRGUUCAGCUCUCUGCAGCCCCAGCAGGUGCUCACGGUGGAGCUCUCGGUGUCGGCAGCCAAGGAGCCCAUGGCCGACAGYUGCGUCUACAAAUGCGUCCGGAGCAGAAUCCAGUGCGCCUCCAUCACCAGGAUCCCCCUGAGAGCCAGGGCYGUCAGCUGCUGCAGGGAUGGGACAGAAGACAAGCUGGUGCUGGGYUGUGAGGAUUCCUCAGUGGUUCUGUAYGAAGCCUACAACCAAGUGACUGUGYUGGCCCAAGCGGAGCUGCUCCCUGCCGUGAUCGCGUACCACCCCUCCGGAGCCGUGCUGCUGCUGGGCAGCUCRCAAGGGGAGCUGCAGCUCUUUGACACAGCUCUGUCCCCCAUUAAAAUCCAGCUCUUGGCACAGGACUAUUCACCUGAGGCCACGCUGCAGUUCAGYAAACACUGUGAGGUGCCCACCAGCCUCAUCCAGAUCCAGUGGGCUGCUCCUCCAGUGUCCCUUGUGAGCCCUGACUGCUUGGAUAUUCACGACCUUUUGUUGGUUAGGUUUGACAAAGGACCCUUGGCAGUGCUUCAAUUUAAAUUUGGUGUGUUCACAAGAGGACAACUGGGCCUCGUGGAACUCAUCCAGCAGUACAUUCGUUAUGAUGAGAUACAGGAGGCAAUUAAUGUCCUGAGCACCAUGAACUGGAACACGAUGGGUGCACGCUGCUAUAUCUGCCUGAGUGCCAUUUGCAACCACCUUCUUAAACAAAAGCUUACACCAGUCAGAGAAGCACAGCUUGAGGCAAGCCUUGGAACCUUUUAUGCUCCAAAGAGGCCUCUCUUGGAUARAACUGUGCUGGAGUACAGGGACCCCAUCAGCAGAUAUGCAAGGAGGUUCUUCCACCACCUGCUCAGGUAUCAGAGAUUUGAGAAAGCAUUUCUGCUCGCUGUCGACAUUGGUGCUCGGGACCUGUUCAUGGACAUCCAUUACCUUGCUCUAGAUAAGGGUGAAUUGGCACUAGCUGAAGUGGCAAAGAGAAAGGCUAAUGACAUUGAUGCAGAAUCAAUAACUACUGGAAUUGAGCUUUUGGGGCACUCAGAUGAAGAAGAGCCAUCCUGUGAAGCUGUCAUUGACCAAUCUCCAGAGCAGGGAGGAGAGCACAACCCGCCUGCUCCCGGCCCAGCUGACAGACCACCAGCACAGAGCAGCUCCCACAGACCCACCAGCCGCAGACAGGCAGAGGACACCGAGCCUGGAGUGCGUGGCCGCACCACCUCCCUGAUCAGGAAAACCUUUUCCAGCAGCCAGGAAGGAAAUAUGAGAGCCGCUCCUUCAGAGCAGGAGCCUGGGGACAGCGGCUCUCUCCAAAUCGUGCACUUCGGGCUGGUGUGA